GGAAGUUCUUAAGCCAGAUAUGGAUUGGUGGGUGGCGCCACUACGCCAGAGCCGUUGGAUGGGAGGGCUCCGCACUAAACACGUGACUAAUUUGAUGCUGCAUUCAGGUGGUUGUCAUAAAACAAUACAAAUGUAGCUUCAUUCUCUCAAACUAAAUGCAGCAGGCGGAAGCUAAAGAGAAGAAGCAUCGUCUGUGUGUAACGACAGCACACAGGUAGUCCGGUAGUAUACAGACUCUAUGGACUGCAGUAGUGAACGUGGGGAAUAUGACGUCUGACUCACAUGAGGCCGGAUUAUAAACUACUGCCGUGACGGAGCAUCGUGCCGUGGUCGCUUUUGUUUGGUUUCUUAUUUCAACUUAUCGCCGUUUCUUUGGGUGCUCAACUUAACUUAACUUGUAUCCGACGUCAGUGAAGGCAACACAGCUUCCAAAGGCCACCGUGAGACGGCGUCACCCCGAGCGAGAGAGGCCGGUGUUUGUUUGUGGUGCCCGGACAAAAUGCUGAAUCCGCAGAGGUCUCUGUCGGAGCUCCCGAAGACGUCGACGGCCAGUCAGGUGGAGCGCGUUGUGCUGGAGGAGGAGUUCAACUGGCUGCUUAAAGAAGAAGUGCACGCUGUCUUAAAGCAGCUCCAAGAUGUUCUCAAGGAGGCAUCCAGACGUUUCUCCAUGCCGACACCAGGCUUUGAAAAUCAGCUGAAGCAGGAGAACUUCAUCCUUGGCAGCUCAACCAGCAUGGAUCAGGUGAAGGGCGUGCUGACUCUGCAGGGGGAGGUGCUGACUCAGGCUGAUAUCAACCUGAAGGUUGCAAAGAGCAGCCAAGUGUUGCACUUCCAGUUUAGAGAAGACAAACAGUGGAAACUGCAACAGAUCCAAGAUGCCAGGAACCACGUGAACCAGGCUCUGCAGCUGCUGAGCAGCCGUGACGAGAGCUACCACUUCAAGUCUGGGGCUGAGGUCAACAAGCUCAUGGAUGGAGUGAUGCUGCAGCUUACACGAGCUCGAAACCGCCUCACUACCCCGGCCUCCAUGACGCUGCCUGAGCUGGCUGCCAGCGGUUUGAUGAAAAUGUUCUCUCCUCCCAUACCCGGGGAUGUCAUGGUCAACUUUUACAUCAACUUAAGCAAACUGUGUCUGACUGUGUACCAGCUCCACGUGCUGCCUGCUAACACCACCAAGAAUUUCAAGCCUGCUGGGAGCUCAGUGCUGCACAGCCCUGGAGCGAUGUUUGAGCUCAACAACAACCGGUUUGAGGUGAGCCAUGUUCACAAAGUGGAGUGUGUGGUGCCUUGGCUGAGCGACACGCUGGUGUUCUUCACCAUAUCCCUGCAGCUCUGUCAGCAGCUGAAGGACAAGAUCUCGGUUUUCUCCAGUUUCUGGAACUACAGACCUUUUUAAUCCUGCAGCCCGUCAUCCUCCAGGCUCCGCUCGGACUCACACUUAGCACUGUGUUGUAAAGGAAGUGUUCAUUAUUUUAGCUAUUUGAAAUGCAGUGUGAUGUCAGAGCGCUAAAGCUCCGCCCCCAGUGAUGUUAGCCCAGAUAGCAGACAGUCCCGUCAGUGCGUCUCAGUACUGCCGUGUGGAUUCAUGUCAUUUGGUUCACUUUAAUAGAAUUAUUUAUUACCCACACUCACAUUCCUGAUUGUGUUUCAGUUGUUUUGUAGAACACUAAUUUUGUACUAAAAGUACGUUUCUUGUACUUGUUCUGUCCCAGCAUGGUGAUCGCUUUGAAAGCUUCCUCGUAGUAAAGUCCUGCCCUACUACUGUAGUGCUGGUACACAGGUGGACACCACAAGCCUGUGUAAAAUGCUCAGAGUCAAACAGUCUGCUGCCACUAACAGCAUCAUCUAUUCACUCUGCUGCAUAGCAUUAACCUCACAUGCAGCAGCAGUGCUGCGUGACAUUGCCUGUGCAUUACUGUUAUGAUGCACAUGGAAAAGGCAGUUUCAGUGGCUGCCAAGCGCAUCAUGUUGGAGUGGGAACAUGAGGAGCAAUCUGUGAUGAAGGUAACAGUUUUCUGUAUUUUUGAUGGGACCAAGAACAUAAACAAAGGAGGAAGGUCUUUGAAGAAGCUCCUGUUGUGUUUCUCCUGCCGUAGCACCUUUCUAAUCUUCCCACAGGAAACAAACCUGCUCCACAGUACGUCGAGGACGGGGCUCUGCUGGAGGCUGUCAUCACUGUACCAGGUCGUUUGGGGUGUAAUGAGUGGCAGUUUGGACAUAGAUGUCAGCUGCUCAGCUCAUUUUACCUGUCACUAGCUGAUUGGCUGACCUGUGUAUGUAGAUACUGAGAUGCUUCUUCACAGAUCUGAGCUCUAAUUGAUCCUGUUUCCAGUUUUAUAAGGUGCACAAUCAACAGAGGAAGUGUUGCUCUAGCUCAGCCUCUUCCUCCGAAUUAUUCCCUCAUUCAGUAUGUGGGUGUGUGGGACACAGUAAGAAUCAAACGUUGUUGUAAUGGGUAAAACAUCUGUUAGGAGUGAUAUCACGAACAUGCCACAGUCUCCCCCUGUGGUCUGCUUUACAGAGAACCACGCACGGCCUAUAUUUACACGUGUCAUGGCUCCUCCAGUCUGCUUUGGUUCCAGUCCUGAUGUGCUGUGUUUGUCUGCUUCUGCACACCGGCCUGAGCUCAGUACAGAUGGCAGCACGUUUGUUUCAGAACAGCAGAAGCUGUAAGAAAACCCAACGAGCAGGAUGAGCAGAAACACAUUUGUGCAAACUGAUGAACACAAACGUGGCUGGAGCAGGGCCCUUCAUCCCUCGACCUCACAUUCCCUGUUUGUUACUACAUGGGUUUAUUUAAAUAAGCUACCUGUGACAUCAUCUGUUGCUGUUUGUAUUCGUCUCGUGUUGAUUUUCUUUGAACCAAAUACUAUUGUAGACAUGAACAAAUGACUUCUUUCCACUAAGUAUUAAUGUAUUUAAAGAUGCCUGUCAUGUAAAAUGUGGAAUGUGUGCAAUUAAACUUUCGUCCUGAUGAACUCUCUUUGGUGAUCUGAAGAUGCAUGUAAUAAAAAAGUCAUCACUGAACUUCA